UUGGCAUGUGCUUCUCUUUACAGUGAUUAUAAAACAUGUUGAGGAUAUUCAGUCAGAAAUGCGUGAAUACCCGAUUGAUUGUUAACCUUUUGAGCUCAUUUACCGCCACAUAAACGGGUCUUCUGUCUUAAUCAUAAGAUAGGAAAAGGGCACGUGGUGGGUAGUGUUCGCUGCAGACUGCCUGGUGUUGAUCAGAGGUAAGGGGGUGUGUGUCUGUGUCACAUCCGGGUUUCUGCCUUCAAGAGCCUGAGCAGAGGCGGGAAAUGGCGCCUGGCAACACAACGAUGAGUUGUUUCGGAGACGGCCCUUGAGCAGCGACACAGAAAAAGUCGGAUCAGAACACGAAAACAAGCACUGCCGGUCAGGUGUGAUGGUGAAUCUGUAUUGAGUCGUUAUCGCCAGACACUGCGGAUCGCUGUAAAUUUUACAUGUGACUGCUAAAACAAUGAGGCUGAGAAUGCGUAAGGCGUCUCAGCAGCCAAACCCCAGUCUGGCAAGCCGCCCAUCCCGUACCAAGCGGAAGCAUUCAGAAGUAGAAGAGGACACGCCUACUACUGGAGGCAGGGGCUUGUUCUCCACCAUCAAGAAGUUCAUUAGAGGAAAUGCAGUUAAGGUGCAGCAGGAAAGCCCAGCCAAGAAAACACGCCUCCACUGUGAUGUGGACAAUAACCUCAUCACCUCUACAGCCCCAAACACCAACAGCCCCCGCAGGACUAUCAGCAGGGUUGGCCGGAGAGGCUCCCUGAAUGGACAGGCAACCAAUCAUGACAGAAGUAAGGAGAAGCCCAAUGGUAGCCUGGAGGAGACGACAUCUGUUGAGGUGCCCACGAGCCCUCCCAGAACCUCCCUUCUGGGGACCAUCUUUUCCCCUGUUUUCAACUUCUUCUCACCAGCUAAAAAUGACUCCCCAGACCAGUCCGUGGAGGCUGAGGAGAUAGUCAAGCAGCUGGACAUAGAGCAAGCUGUGGAGACGCCCACCAGCACAGCCGCAUCCACGCAGGAACUGUGUGCCACCACUAACUUCUACUCGAGUGUAUCACAGCUGCCACCUAUGCGACCUCCUCACAUCCCCGAGGUUUCUCCCACAGCAAGGGAUGGAGAGCUCUGUGCUGAUGCUGACCUUCCACCCCUCACAGCUCCAGGCUCCAGUCCAGAUAUGGCAUAUGUGGACUCUCCGCCUGCUACAGUACCAACAGAGGCAACCUAUGAGGAAGACUGGGAAGUCUUUGACCCAUAUUUCUUCAUCAAGCACGUCCCUCCACUGACAGAAGAGCAGCUCACUCGUAAGCCGGCUUUGCCACUGAAAACACGCAGCACGCCUGAAUUCUCUCUGGUCCUUGACCUGGAUGAAACAUUGGUUCACUGCAGUUUAAAUGAGCUAGAGGACGCAGCACUUACCUUUCCUGUCCUCUUUCAAGAUGUCAUUUACCAGGUGUAUGUGCGCUUGAGGCCGUUCUUUAGAGAGUUCCUGGAACGCAUGUCUCAAAUCUAUGAGAUCAUCCUUUUUACAGCCUCUAAAAAGGUUUAUGCAGACAAACUGCUCAACAUCUUGGAUCCUAAAAAGCAGCUAGUGAGACACAGGUUGUUUCGUGAGCAUUGUGUCUGUGUCCAAGGAAACUACAUCAAGGACCUCAACAUCCUGGGCAGAGACCUGUCAAAGACGAUCAUCAUUGACAAUUCACCGCAAGCCUUUGCAUAUCAGUUGUCCAAUGGGAUUCCCAUAGAGAGCUGGUUCAUGGACAGGAAUGACAAUGAGCUGCUGAAGCUGGUGCCCUUCCUGGAGAAGUUGGUUGAGAUGAACGAGGAUGUGCGGCCACAUGUUCGGGAGAGGUUCAGGCUUCACGACUUGUUGCCUCCCGAUUGAACUGAUUCAGUCUCAGAACGGGACGACAUGAAAAGACUGAGAACAUGUGUGUAAAAAGGCCCUCUUUGGAUUACAAACUACAACAUUGCCAUUACUGUUCAAAUUUUAGCCUUUUUUUAUUUGUUUUUGUUUUUUAAACCCACUGUUGCUUUUCAAAAAAACUUGAAAAGUAAAACUUUUUUAAAAAUCUGGGUGAAAUUUUUUAAAUGUUUCGAUGAAAUUACACAUGCUAUGAACAAGCCCAGGUGAAUUUUUUUAUUUUAUUUUUUUUUGACUGACUCUCCCGCUGUGGAGCCGGAUGUGUCCUCCAUACUAAAUUGGGAAGUCUUGGUGCUGGUUUAGUGGACAUGAAAAUGCAACCUGGUAAAGAGGAACUCCACCCCGACUGAGUCCCUAAACCCAAAACACCCCGUGGUGCUCGCGCUGUUGACACUGACGAAUAACGAACUCUGUGGCUGCAGACCAUUUUCAGCAGGAAUGACUGGCCUGUAAUCUGCAUAUGUGUGGGUGUGUGUGUGUACACACACACACACACACACACUGAUUUGGUGUUUGACAAACCUACAAUCUGUAGCCUUUAAAAUCAUAUGCAUUCCCCUGUAGCUGAGUCAAGUUUCUAUUGUUGGUUGCAGUUUUUUUUCUGGUAAAACUGGUGUUAUUGUUU